CGGACCGUGGGUCAGACAGCCGCCGGGCGGAGGACAUCCAACCCAGUAGCGAUGCGUCACUGCGCGCUCCUCCUGUGCGUCCUGGAACUCCUCGCCGUCUCCUCCGCAUGUUACAUCCAGAACUGCCCCAGAGGAGGGAAGCGGGCGCUGCCGGAGACAGGACUCCGACAGUGCAUGCCGUGUGGUCCCGGAGACAGGGGCCAGUGUUUUGGCCCCAGUAUCUGCUGCGGUGAGGGCCUCGGCUGUCUUCUGGGCUCCCCAGAAGCGGUUCACUGUAUGGAGGAGAACUACCUGCUCACCCCCUGUCAGGCAGGAAGCCGACCCUGUGGGUCAGAGGGGGGCCGCUGUGCUGCUGCAGGACUCUGCUGUGACACAGAGAGCUGUGCUGUGAACUCUGACUGCCUGGGGGAAAGUGAGACCUCAGAUCCAGUCCAUGGUACAGGGGGAAGAUCACCAACUGAUCUGCUGCUGCGCCUGCUGCAUGUGGCCACCAGAGGGCAGACUGAGUACUAACAUCUCAAGAGG